AUGAAACAGCCUCCAAUUCUCGGGUUGUCGAAGUUCAUCGACCAAAAAUGUAUAUUGUUGAGCAUUUAUUCGGUCGUCGAACCAGUCACGGCUCUCUUUUACUAUUCCGUUGACGACCCGCGAAGGCGCCAGGUUACUGUAGAGAAGAUUGACGAGAUCAUGAAGGAAUUUGUCACGUUUACUUUCGUCCCACGGGUCCAGCACGACGUUCUCGGUGCGGAAUGAGUCAGGGAGGUUGUUGCAUUUCCUGAAGUUGCAAAGGUUUUGCGUAAUCCUCUCUUAUGAGGAGACGUUCCUUUCCUCGUAAGAAAGGACGUGUCCCAAGUGCCGCACACUGACUUUCUGUUGUGAAAUUUUGGGCGCAUAUUGGGAUGUGAUAAUUUCUAAAAAUUUUAGCUCACGCUUUGCAAGAGCUGUCAAGAUAUUAUCAUAAAAGCACUUUGCUGAAGCUGUCAGCGCGUGCAAUUCGGAGAGCAUUCAGACUGUGCCAUUUCUGGCCAUAACUCCACCAAUUUUGAGCAAAAAGGAUUUUAAUUUUGAUUUUUUUGCGGAAAAGUAGCUUGCUCAUGAUACUAGACCGUUCGUGAAGUCACUAUGAUUUUGGUGACAUUCACUGUGAGAAAACAAAAGCUCACUUUGCACUGUGCAGUUCUUGCUUUUUGCACCGUGCAAUAAGCUUUUUGGGCUGUCACUUGCACCUUGACUUUUUCAGCGCAGUGCAGACACCAAAAAACUCCAGCGGUUUUGCGAACGGAUUACUAGAUAUUAGGUUGUAUAAUAUGUUAUGACCAUUUUCUUGCAAACGUUUGAAGUCGAUUAUUUCCUAGCUCAGAUCCCUCCUUAGUUCAGCAUACUUAUAGACUAAUAGAGGGCUUAUCGAAGUUUCAUCUAGUUCGUAUUGCAAAGUCUUACGGCAUAGCCGCGAUUUUCUAUUGCUAAAAACUCGGAAGUGCCCCGAUUUUGACGGGGUACGAAACAACUCAAGUCACGUCUCCCAGCCGCUGCUGGUCUCAGAUUGGUGUUAUUAUAAUCUUCAAGGGUCGGAAAAGACACUGACACAGCAUCGUUGCAAGGUAGCAGUGACAACUCAUUUUAUGAGCUGUUUUUCCGGAAGGUUACCGAAGCCGUCGCCUGAAAAAGCGUCUAAAAAGUUUAGCGCCCGGGGUUUCUAUUGUCUAUUGUUAUAACUCGUACAGUGAGGGACCGGAUCCAAUGGCAAAAAACGUCCCACUUUGCAUCCCGGAAGGGACCAAAAUGUCUCCAAACCCUUCCCUUCUCUAAGCUAAAAAACUCCGUUUUGAAAAGCGCGCCCUUUCCUUCAAGGCGGGCUUUUCAAAGCAGAGUUUUUUAGCUUAGAGAAGGGAAGGGUUUGGAGUGAUUUUGGCCCCUUCCAGGAUGCGAAAUGACACGUUUUUUGCCAUUGGAUCAGGUCCCUCACUGUAGUAAUACGAGAUCACAUGCCUGUUGUCACACCAGACAAAUUUUGGAGCAUGCAAUAAUUGGAAUCUUCAGAAAAAUCUAAGAAUUAGCAGAAUUUUGGAUCAUCCAAUUAAAUUUCAAUUUUUUAGAACUUAAAGUGCGAGGUUCGCCAACACUAUGCCCCAACUGUGAUUGUUUUCCCGUCGAGACGCGGGGGUCAGACUUGACACAUAUUUGUCAAGCGUUUCUCAUGAAAAAAUUUUUUUUCCGAGCUCGAAAUUCGAGCGAAUCAAGAGGAAGGUCAAUUCUAUCGAUGGUGUAAGGUGAGUUCUUGCGUUUUUGUUGAGUUAUUAUGUAGGAUAGGUCAGCGUCAAGCUUUGGCAAAUGUGUUUAUGUGGUUUUGGAAGACUUUUGAGUUAUAUUCUUCAAGUGAGCACGAAUUUCAGGUAUGCCCCGAAUGCGCGUUUACGAAGUCGCAACCUUCUACACAAUGUUGGAACCAGUGGGCAAAUACUUCCUCCAGAUGUGUGCUACGACACCAUGUAUACUUCGAGCAGCCGAAUCCAUCACCUAAAAGCUGAUCAUCAAGCCAGGUCAAUCCAAAUGGCGCAAGGUAAGCUUUUGAAGUUUUUUUUUUUUAAUUUUAGGUGUUUUAGUUGGCUGUUGACUUGUUGUAGUAGGCAUUGAGAACUGAAUUUUCUACAUAUAGACAAGAGCGUAAAAAUGCUUUGUGAUGAAUAACUGGUCAGCUAGGAUGCGUCAGCUGUUGAUAACCUUUUUGCAGAUUUUUUGUCAUAAUUUUAAGUUGUCUUCUAAAUCAUUGUUCAAUUUCAGGUAUGACCUGA